CCCAGAGCGCCCUGGACGACCGAACGGACCCCCACGAUCGCCCGAAGGCGGCCCCGAAGAGCCCGACGAGGGCCCCAAGGCGGCUCACGAUGGGGAGAGGCUCCCUCCGUAGCGAUUUUGGCUCAAGCUCAGACUCGAGGCAGCCGCAGAGCGGCUCCCGACAGGGACACACCGACCGAGAGAACCCACUGGGAACAUGGCGCGCCUCGCUCUGGCGCUCCUGCUUCUGCUGUCCACGCGGGCGCUGGCGGACGAGAAUUGCGUCGCCGACGGCGCGUGCCAGGAUGACGAGGCCGAGACGUCCGCUCUGCUGCAGGCCAAGGUGGCCGGGAGCAGCGACGAGAACGUCACCGCCGAGGCGCUCGGCUGCCAGAAGCAGAUGCAGAAGUGCGGCGUGUGGAAGGGGAUGGGCCUGGGCUCCUGCUGCAAAGGUUUCUCGUGCUGUGAGGCAACGCUUGUAAAAUCAGCGCCUCCCGUAUGCAGAGAGAAGUGCCUUAAGGGAGGGAACAGCGCCGACAGCGGCGAGGGGAAGAUUCCUGGAAAGAAAGGUAAAGGUCGCGGCGCUGCGUUGCUGCAGGCCGAGGCGACCGAUGCAUUCGACCUUGCCGAGGCCGCCGAGGCCGGGGCAAAGUCGUCCAGCGUGGCCGAGGCUGCUGAGGCAAGUUAUGAGGCGGACGAGGCCUCCGCCAGGGAGGCAGACGAGGCGGGAGAGGCGGACGCGGCCGAGACUGCUGAUGCAGCUGACGAGGCGGGCGAGGGGUCAGACGAGACGGCGGGCGAGGCGGACGAGGCGGACGAGGUGGGCGAGCAAUCGGACGAGGUGGGCGAGGAGCAGCAGCAGUACGAGGCCUACGACGACGGGGCAAACGAGGACGAGUACUACUCGGACGAGGCGGACGAGGAGCAGCAGCAAUACGAGGCCUCCGUCGACGGGGCAAACGAUACGGACGAGGCCUCGGACGAGGCGGAAACUGACCAAGCAGCCGACGAGCCCAUGGUAGAGGAGUAGGCUUAGAUGGUGGUCGCCCUGGAGUUUGGGGCCACUGGUGCCGCUCCGCUCCUUUUUCGCAUGUUUUCUUCAGGCCGCCAGACUUCGGAGGUUCGCCAUCGGCGGCGAGGGGGCCUGGCUGCCCCGCGGCUGCGCGGGCGCGAUGCGCCGGCUGUCGUGGCCGCGGGCGCGGCGCGGGCUGCAUCUCUCUGCGUGCGGUUGACGAACUCUGUUCCCGGGCUGUCCAGGCCAGCCAGCAGUUCAGGUCUUCUUUAUUGCUGUCGCCUGAGCCGCUGUAGAUAUCGCCUCCUGGGAUCUCACGCCAAGAAGAACAGGAUGGGGAAGGGCUCCUAAGGCUCCUCGGUUCCCC